GAAUAUGAGGAAUAAACAACACAUAUUUUCCUCCCUAUCACCCUCACCGUCUCUUUCCAACCUUCCUUCAUCAAAGUUCACAUUAAAACUGAUAAACUGAACAACCCUCCUUCUUACAGCAACACCAGAGGCCAGACACAUGCAGAAUAUGCAUUGAUUUAGUAAGAGAAAGUUUGGACUUUUUAUUUUUUGGGUUUUGGGUGUGGGUUUAGAUGGAAAGAGAGGUGGGUUUGGAUCAGUUAGGAGAUUUAGCUCUCCACAUAAUUUUAUCGAAAUUAGGUCCAGAAGACACUGUCAGGGUUUCAUGUGUCAGCAGAAGGCUUAGACUUUCCACUUCUGAGGAUUCUCUUUGGGCCCUAUUUUGUUUCCAAGAUCUUCAGCUUUCAACCCCUCAAGAUCAUCAAGGAAACCCUGCUUCUUCUUUCAAGGCAGCUUAUCAGUUAUGGCGAGAGGCUUUUGCCAUGUACCCAUGGCCACUUGUUAAACGAGUUAAAAGAUGUUGGGACAAGCUUAAAAAUUGGUUGAGCAAUGAUUUUCCAGAGGUUGAGGCUACACUUAGAAGUGGUGCAUCUGAAUCUGACAUUCAACAACUAGAGACACGUUUGAAAGUUAAAUUGCCCCUUCCCACUAGGCUCCUCUAUCGUUUUCAUGAUGGUCAAGAACGGACAGACGAAGGGCACUCAUCUACAUGGCUUGGUAGCUCAUUGGGAAUUAUAGGUGGCUACUCUUUCUAUAACCAUUUGGUUAAUGUCUACUUGUUACCCAUAAGUCAGGUAAUAGAGGGAACAAGAAUGGUCAUACGUCACCUAGGUUUUUCAAGCAGAUCUAAGUACAUUGUUGUGGCUGCUUCUGCUUAUAGGCCGAAGAAGUUUUUCUUGAACUGUACAAAUGGCCAACUUUAUGUUGGGACCAGCAACCUUCCUACAGAUGGGGAAAUGAUUCAAUGCGUCCCAAAUGCACUGAUUCGUUCUGUGCAUGAUUUGCAUGGUGAUCAGCAGCAAGAUGCCAUGCUGCUGUGGUUAGAGGAACAUGGCCGCCGCUUAGAAAAUGGCAUUAUCAAAGUUUGUGAAGAAGGAAAUGUUAGAAGUAUAAGUCUAUUUCCAGAGGUUCCCCCCCUAUGUUCCACUGCUGUAACCAAUGGUGUGCAGGUUCGUGCUUCUGCUGCGUUUGUUCCAGAAUUGGCUAACCUACAAGAUAGUGCUGAGAAGUACUUGUUUGCAUAUUCAAUCCGCAUGUCCCUCUUGCCUGGAGGGUGCAUCAUUGAUGGAAUGACCUUCAGCUCCUGCCAACUGAAUUGGAGGCACUGGAUCAUUCGGGCUAAUGAAGCUAUCAUAUCUGAUGUUAAUGGAGAAGCUGUGAUAGGACAGUUCCCUUUGUUGCAUCCUGGUGAGAAUGAAUUUGUUUACGAGAGCUGCACACCUUUAUCAUCAUCUUCAGGUUCUGUUGAAGGUUCUUUCACAUUUGUCCCUGGCAGGUUGGCGGACCCGAAAGGAAGGCCAUUUGACGUUCAAGUGGCAAGGUUCCCCCUGCAGAAGCCAGAUUAUGUUUUCUGACAAACUCUUGCAUAGUUUUCUUGAUAGCAUGCUCAGCCCUUGGUUUUGGAAGAUAUUAUCGGAUAAUAAAUAUGAACGGCUUCGACAUUGUGAAACCCUCUUUAAAGCUCUCUACAUUGCCAGAUUGCUUAUCAUGAAAAAUUUGUUAUAUGUUACCCUGCUUCUGCAUGUGAAAAGAAUGGCUCUAGGCUUGUUGAAUGGUUUGUAUCUCCUCAAGUAGAGCAGCUGUUGGUAGCUGCUUUUACUCUUGUAGCAAAACUCUGCCGAUAAAACUAAUUUGGAAGCUUCAUUCGGAAAGCAAUUAGGUAAUCUGUGAUUCAAAGUUUUGUUUA